AUGAGCGAUUCAGAUAAUAACUCCUUCACGCAAGACAACCAUCCAUUAGAAACAGUUGGAAAUGCAAUGAUCAGGUUUGUUUUGGCCAAUAAUGGGUCAGUCUCGAAAACUGCAGUGAUCAACAGAGCAAAAAUGCUACAGACACUAAACGAAAUCGUGAACAAAGAAGGGGUGAAACCAAUACCGUUUAACAAGGUAUAUGAAUACAUGGACAGUAAGUUGAUGGAAACGUUUGGGUAUCACUUGUAUGGCGUUGCAGCUGGCAAGAAAAGCGGCACGAAAAGACCGUUUUCUGCAACCCAGACUGAAACUCAAAUGCAGACACAGUUCCAAACACAAACUCAAUUCCAAACACAGGCCCCUGUGAAUACACAAACACAAGGCGAACCCAGUAAUGGCACCACCAGUGUUGUACCGUCUGAAAUCGCAGGACAGGAUCUAAAAUCACGUGGCCAGUACUUCGUGCUCAUCAGAAACUAUGAUACGUCGCAAUUGCAUCGCUAUAACAAACUUAUACUGGACCAUGCGAGCAGCAUGUACCACAGGAAAGUCUCUACAGAUAACCUUGCGUAUGAGGGAAACGAUUACUCACUGAACCUGGACCCCACGCUCGACAACGACAUAGGAAAUGGCGAUGCACUCCUCGCCCUCAAAGGAAUAAUAACCAUCACCAUUUGCAUUGUGUUGCUAUCCAAAAACAGCAUCCUCGAAUCAGAACUCCUACAACACUACGAAAAGUUCGGCAUCUUUAAUGAUGGGCGCGACAUACCAAUAAUACGAAUGCCAUGCACUGAUCUUCUCAACCUGCUGGUGAAGAACAACUACCUCAGCAAGUCCCAAGAAAAACAAGCAGACUUACAGCAAGAGAUCGUCAUAUACGCCAUCGGAAGAAGAACCCUAAUCGAGUUCCCGAAGCACUCCUUGAUCAACUUAUGUAAAGAAGUCCUUGACCUCGAUGACAGCCAACUGGAUCUGCUGCAGAACACUGUCCAGGUCCUCGCAGCAAAUGCAUACGAAGAGUCCUAA